UCCUCUGUUUCUCUCUCAAAACUCUCUCUCUCUCUCUCUCUCUCCAAUGGCUAAUACAAACACCGAUGAACACAACAGUGUAAGAUCUUCAAUCAUGGAAUGGAAACAAAUGCACCCACUUCACCAAAUAGCUGAAACACCAACCCACAAACUCCUCUUAAAGCAAUGGCUUAAAGAAGAAGAACUCAUCAAUGGACGCAUAGCUUUAAAAGAAACCCAGAUAGAUUCAAUCCGCAAAGAAAUCACAAUGCUCUACAUCUUUUUCUUCCUUUUCCAUUCAACUACCCUCAUGCUCCUCUUCAACUCUUCCUCUGUUACAACACCUAAAGCUUGUCACAAAUCAUGGGUCCCAUCACUCUGUUCUCUGUUAUUCUCAUUGGGGCUUAUAUGGGCUUUGAGGUAUAAGAGUGAUGUAGAGGCUCAUAUGGAGAAGAUGCUGUCGAGGGAGAAAGAGGAUCGCGGAUUGUUGAGGAAAUGUGUGGAGGAAUUGAAGAAGAAAGGGUUGGAGUUUGAUUUGUUGAAGGAAGUUGAUGCUUUGAGAAGGGCCAAGAGUUUGAGAGUUGAAAGUAAAGAGGUUAGGAAAUGGUCUUCAAGGGAUUUUGUUUCUCUGUUUUUCUUCUCAAUGGCUUGUUUGUCUCUUGCUGUCAUAAGGGUUAUCUUGUGUAGUUAGGGAUUUGAAAUAGAAACAUGGGUUUUUUUGGGUUUCUUUUUUUGUUGAUGUUUUUGUUACUUGUUAUUGAUUGGGGUAGAUGCAGAAUGUACUGUUCUGCUUUUCUUUUUAUUUCUAUUUUUGUUGUAAUUUGAGAAUAUUAAUUGAAAUUCAUGAAAUAAUAACUUCUUUAAA